UGAGUCGACCUAGGGGAAGCCAAGGACCAGUUCAGAUUAUCGUCACUGGAGUUGGUCAUGAGCGGGAAUCGAACUCGGGAGAUCGGGUUCGUAGCGCAGCACGCUAACAGUUGCACUAUUGAUAAGACAGGCACAAGCGCAAAUACCAGGGGCCUGUUUUAUUAAGGCCAUUUCUGUCGCAAGCAAGGACUUCUAAAGAUAGCAUGCUCAGUGCCUGCAUGGGUGAGAUAACAGAAGGAGAGCAGAUAGCAAAACAUUGUGCACAUUGCCCCAUAUUAUGACUCCUAUGUUGGGUGUAAAAUUUUAGACUCGCAGAUCCUAUGGGUAAUAUCACGGCCUCAUUUCCAAGGUUCACUGCUUCGGUCUCAACCUCCUCUGAUCUGCAGUGCCACAUUGUUGACUGCUUGUAAAUGUUAAUGGUUCUCAAAGUGUUAUUAUGUAUAGGAAGGGUAGGCCAUCAUUACCAAAUUAAUAAUAAUAAUAAUAAAGUAUCCUGAAGUGAAAUAAAUGGCUAUGGCUUUAGAAAGGGCACAAAGAUUAAUACAGGUGAAUCAUUUUCAUGGCACAGUUUAGCCAAUCUUUCUCUGUAUACUUUGGGUUAUAUGCAAGUGUGGUAUGCACAUAAUGUAUAUUUAAAAAGUAUUAAAGAUGGGGCCACUUAAUUCUUAAAACUAAUGACACCAUUACUAACCCUUUAGUGCAAUAAUUCAAUUCAGUAAAUAAAAAGCAGAGUGCUGAUAAUAGAGAACUCAUUAAAUUUUCAUUGCAAUAAAAAAUAUAUACCCAGUAUAAGUACACUAUAUUUUCCAAUGUAUAUUUGCGCUUAGCUCUCCUUUGCAAACAGGAUGUUCAUCUCAGAAGCUUUUCCUCACUGAAUAAAAGGGGUAAAAACUGCGUGUAAGCAGAGAUAUCCAAUUUUGAGCUAGCAUGAAGAAAAAAACAAUCUAUACAGUUUUUUCCCCUGCAUUCUUGAGCGGGCUACAUUUGCCCACAGGGGCAGAGAUAUUGUGCGUUUGGAUCAAUCGGACAGCCAUAAGCACACCCCUGCUGAACUUUAAUAUACCAAUGAGACCAGAGGUUGAAGACAUUUGAUGCAAGCAGGAGACUCGAUGGCUCAAACCCCUGGUAUACACGCCAGUUGCCAGCCAGUAACAUCGUGCUGCUUCCUGGACAGUGCGGCAGUGAUGGAUGGUAAUGUCAAUGAUCGAUUAAAGGUAUUGAUUUAUCUAUCGACUGGCUGGAUGCUGAUUUAUGUUAGACAUUAGCGAAAGCUGCAAAAAGACACAAAUAUUUACGUUUCCAGUCCCCUUUGAUUUCCCAUCUUCAGAGGUAUCUUUACAUGAGCUUGAACGAAGAGGCAGCGCUUGAGGGGACAGUGUGUGUGCUUUCUCAAAAGCAUUCCUACAAUUGAAAGCUGCCUAUGGCUUAUUAAUAUGGAUUAAAUAUACUUCACCAGCGAUGAUGUAAUGCACAACAAAAAAACUAAUAUGUUCGGCAAUGAUCCUUAUUCAGAGCAGAAAUCCAUAGGCAAAGCAGACAUAUUGUGCCAGAGAUAUCAUUGUACAACUGGAAAAGACUGAAAUUUGGAAAAAUAAGCUUAAAUAUGAAUGUUUCCCCACUAGCAAAUUAUGUAAUAGGAUUUAUAACAACCCUUUGUUAUUCUUCUGCUGGAAAAAGGCAUCUACAGCCUGUGUCGGUCAUGAGGGCUGGUUGGCUACAUUUCACCACCAUAUUCAGUGUGGGUUGGCGAAAGGUGGCCCAGGACUGGUUUAGAUACCUCUCUUCACCAUUUCUAGGAAUCAAACCCAGAUUAUCAUGAUAGGUUGAGUUGACCCCUGACUGGGAUUUAAACUUGCCGCCUUCCAAUUAUGAGUCCAGCACUACGUUGAGUUGACCCCUCACCAGGACUUCAACUUGCGACCUUCCAAAUUACGAGUCGAACACUCUCCCGAUACACAAUUUAAAACACCUUUACAUUUUUUUGCUGAUACAGAAACGUGUUAACCGAAUGAAUCUGAACGUAACAGGUGCUGGAGUGCAGAGGCCUGAAGAGGUGAUACCAUGGCUCACUUGAAGGCAGAAUCAGAACACGGGGCAGAAAUGAGCACCGAUGUGGUGGUGGUCGGUGCUGGCAUCUCUGGGUUGACUGCUGCAUACCGCCUGUUGCAGACGGACCCAACACUGGGCGUGAUUGUGCUCGAGGGGAAAGAGCGGGUGGGAGGACGCACAGUGGCAACUCAGCUGAAGUCUGCAUCAGGGCAAGACACGUGGGACCUCGGCGGACAGUGGGUCGGCAGCACCCAACGGCACGUGAUGGGUCUCCUCAAAGAGCUAGGCCUGGACGUGUACCCACAAUACACCCACGGUACCAAGGUGUGUCAGCUGGGCGGCGCGCACGCCAAAAUCGGCACCUACUCAUCCAACAUCCCCAGCCUGUCCCUGUUGGCGCUCGUGGACCUGCAGCUCUUCAUGUGGAAGAUAGACCGGCUGUGCCAAACAGUGCCCGCAGCCAACCCAGCAGCAUGCCCCCUGGCAGCCCAGCUUGACAGCAUGACCAUGGAGACAUUCAAACAGCAGAACCUCUGGACCCAAGCUGCUAAGGAUGCAUUGGACGUGGCAUGCAAGAACAACUUUGGGCUCGAGUGCUCACAGGUGUCCUGCCUCUACUACCUGAGCUACGCGGCCGCAGCUGGGGGAUUCCUGCCUCUAGUAGAGGCCUCGGUGGGGUCGGCACAGGAAUUCAAAGUCAAGGGUGGGGCUUUUCAGCUGUCCAGUCUGCUUGCCAAGAGGAUUGGUCACAGCAAGAUCAUCCUUGGGGAUGCAGUGACUCACAUCACACAGACGGACGAUGGCGUUGAGUUGCGGACUGCGUCCCAUCGCAAGCUCAGUUGCCAGAGAGUCAUCGUCACGUGCCCCACGCACCUUGCCGCUAAGAUCCACUAUGAGCCAGCACUUCCUGCGGACAGGGAGCGUCUCACACAGAAUAUGCCCAUGGGACAUCUCAUCAAGUUCAUCGUCACCUACCCAACGGCGUUCUGGCGUGAGGCUGGCUACUCCGGGGAGAUCGUGUGCAACGGCGGUGGUGGCAGCCCUCUGAGCGUGACGUACGACGCCACGACCUCGCGCGGCAACGCCGCCCUCGUGGGAUUCAUCGCGGGCAGCCAGGCUGGGCAUUGGACGGUCAAGACGCUUGAAGAAAGGCGGGAGGCCGUGAUCAAAAGCCUCGUGAAAUUCCUCGGAGAAAAGGCUGCCGGAUAUCUGGAAUAUGCCGAGAAGGACUGGAGCAGAGAGCCAUACAGCACAGGAUGUCCCGUGAAUGUGAUGGUUCCUGGGAUGAUAACAUACUACCACUCGGCACUCCGGAGGCCGUUUCACAGGAUCCACUGGGCGGGCACGGAGACGGCGACCGAGUGGUGCGGCUUCAUGAGCGGCGCGGUGCAGUCGGGCGCGCGCGCGGCCCGCGAGGCCCUCCAGGGCCUGCGUCCCUCCCUGCUGCCGGCUUUCGACGGCGGCGAGUUCGAGUCGCCCGAUCUGCGACCCGCAGGCGCGGGGGUGCCGCCCCACGGCGGAGCCGGUGCCUCGCCGUGCUGCGCCGGACGCCGCUGGCUGUGCCUGGGGGCCGUGGUGGUGGCUGCGACGGCUGCCGCCCUCUGUCACGUGCGGGGUCGAGGUGGCAGCCUCCGAGAAUUGUUAUCCGCAGUGCCUUUCCGAAAAAUCCCUGCCAUGGCCGGGUUGUCUCGAUUUUCAUAAAAUGUAUUUGUGGGGGGUGUUUUUUUCUUCUCCCCCAAUCUUUUUAUAAUUGUGCUAUUGGUAUGGUAUCACAAAUCGAAGUAGUCACGUGUUGCUCUCGCAGAGCAGUACACCCAUUUGUAUUAGAGAAUAGCCCCGCAGAAACGGAUAUCACAGAGCUAGCUUUGAGAUCCCUUCAAGUAACAUCUGGUCGACCCUCGCAAUAUGAGAGUAAUGUUUGUUGCGUGAUAGUCACGCUGAUGUUUUAGUUUUCAUAGCUGGAAUUUAGCCAAAUUCCGUGCAAAACCUAAUUUUUAUGGGAUUUUUUAUAAUAUACUGGAAUGAAUAUAAUUAAGAAAUGAAGAUAUUGCAUACAGAAUACCAGGGAUGGGAAAGAGAGGUAACGGGAAGGCUCUAACACUAACAUGCACGGUUUACCUUUGAGUACUAUUGUACACUUUUAGUCCAUUCUCCGGCUCUCAGAAUAACUUAACAGCGCUUGGGAUGCCAGUUAUUCCCACAUUCAUGGAGCCUCAUAUCCAAUGCAAAUUAUGUUAAUUGCUGUGUGUUAUGUCAAACAAUCAUUGCUUUUAAGAAAAGUCAAGCAAACUAAUAAUAGAUGUUGCUUGAAAAAAAAACUUCUAUGAUGUGAAGCAUGGAAGUAGGCCUGGAAAAAGUUUCAUGUGAAUAUAUCACUCAAAUGUGAUCGAGCGUGAAAGUGAUUGGACAGCACAUUUCGCGAUGAAAUAUGAUGUCUUCAGUUAAAUUGGCUCAAUUAUACACCAUACGCAGUGGUUGUACUGCAUGUGCAAAUGAACACGGUACAUGAUUUAAUAUGCGAUAUGGUGGAAAGUUAAUCAACGUCAAUGGCUGUCAAAUGCAGUUACAUGGUGACAGCCGUUUCAGCGUGGAUUCUGUGUCAGGUGCACGGAUCCCCCUAGUUUGAAUCAUUAAAUCACAGCCUGGAAAAUUGGCACACUUUAACGAAGGCCUAAUGGGCCUGUUUUAAAAGCAAGGUUUAAAAUGUGCCAAAUAUACACAGUCGUAUGAAAGGAAACGGUGGUGCAGCAGUAUGUGCACCGCACUGUGAACUUGUUGACCCAAGUUAAAUUCCCAGCCACAACUAACAUCAGUGGCGAAUAAUAUCUAAACUUGCGCUGGGCACCUCCCUAUACUCAAGCAGCAUUUUGGUUUAGUCAAAAAACCCCAUGACCGACACGGAAUGGGGAGAACUUCGCCCAGCAAUGGAACUAACAAAGGGCUGUAAAUUAGAGUUGGUGAUAGACAGUAAGUAAACUUCUUGGAAGUACGUUCUAAACAACAAACGUUCACGUAGUUGGAAUGACGAUUGCUUGUGUUACUUGUGUUGCGAUCGAAACGUAGUUUUUUGUUAUUUUUGUUAUUUUCUUUGAACCUAUCUACGUGACUUUACUUAAAGACCCAAGAAUAUGAAUUCCUGUAGUCACGAAAGCUUUAAGUCAAGAAAUGUAAUAGUUUACAAAUAAUUAUUUACCUAACAAUAUCACGUACAUUAUGAAUGCAGCGUCCAUUAAAGUUGCAAUUAAUUGUCAA